AUGAAGAGUUUUGCUCUCCUUUUUCUAGUUUUGAUCUGUGGCAUGGGAGGAUUGGGACAGAAGCUGAAGCCAAAGAAAAGAAGCAAUGGUGAAGAAAUCAAAUUUCGGACUAAAACCAAAGAUGUUUGCACAAUGACCAUGAGUGGUGAUGAUGAGGAGAUGAGACUUAGAAUUGAAUGCAAAAGCCAAGGCAUGUCCUACUGGUGUGAAUUCACUGGCAAGCCAUCAGUCUGUCGUGCUUUCAGAAAUAAUCCAAAGAUUUACUGGAAUCAGAUCGCCGCGGAGCUCAGAAAGAUCCCGCACGCUUGCGAAUCCAUGGAAGUGUUGAAGACCACCAUGUGCCAAAAGGCUCCCCCAGAGGCUCUCAUGAGGCAAAUAGCUGCUGGUGUGGAGCCAGAAGAUCUAGCAAACCAGGAAAAGUCAGUCCAGAAAGCUUCUAUUCCUGUGAGAGAAGCGGGGCAAAACUUUGACCCAACCCAACAUGGUCAAGGGUCUGAAAAUGAAACAGAAGCAAUGAAACUGGCACGGGAACAUUGCUGGGAAUCUCUGCAUGGUGUCUGCUCCUACAUCAUUGGCAUCUUUAGGGGUUAAGGAUUUGAUUCAGGUAAAACUGAUCUGGAAGCACAGUAGAAUAUACUUAAGAGUAAUUUUAAAAUAUAAAUUAAAAUAAGAGUAGUUGUUUUGAUUCGGGGGGUCUCAGGGAUGUGAACAGGGAGGUGCUAAGCUCGCUUGCUAAAAUGUAACAUUACAAGGCCUGUUUUGUGGCUUUUGAGGGGCUGAGCAGCUUAAAUUUCUAGUGAUCCGUAU